AUGAACCUAUCGUUUGUGAUAUGGUGCGAUGGUCGUAUAGUAAGCUCUCCGGCUGGAGUAGAAUACCAGGGCGGCCGUCGGGUGGAUAUGCCAAUUAUUGAUAGGAUGAAUUUUGAAGAAUUGAGAAAUAUUUGUAUAAGGGCAGUCGCUACGGACUCGGAAGUGGAGAUUACAAAAAUCUACUUUCGGCUUCCAAAAAUUGAAAGUGGUCGUAUUGUCUCCUACUCGUUGUACUCAGUGGAAAACAAAGAACAUAUUUUUGGAAUUUUGAGAGAGAAGAUGCGGUACCGAGGGCUUGAUACUUUAGAAUUUUACGUCGAGUAUCGUACUGUCGUUUGUAACGAUGUCUCUGUGGAUCAGUUGGUUCUGAGUGAAUCAAAUGGGUCGAAGAUAGGGAGUGAUGAAGAUGAAGAUGAUGAAGAGGAUUUUUUUGGUUGCGAGGAAGAGGCAGAAGAGCAAGAGGAUUGCAAUGAUCAUGAUUCUGGAGAAGACACAGUGUACCAAUCGCAACUCCCAGAAGGUUUUAACCAUGUCAAUUUGGAUGAUUUUGAUGUGGCACCAGAAUCUGAUGAGAACCUUAUGUGGAAUCCUGGGAUGGAGUUCCAACUUGGGAUGAUCUUCCCAAAUCGUGCUUCUGUUCAGGCAUGUGCUACUGCUUAUUCUGUUGAGAAUGGGAGGGAGCACAAAAGUCGUCGGACAACCAACUAUACUAUUAUGUUGGCAUGUAGGUAUAAUCCUAUUUGCAAAUGGUGGCUGCGUGCAACUCUGCUUCAAGCAACUCAUACGUGGACAUGCACAAAAUAUAUCGGGCCGCAUACGUGCAAUGAGCUGGUGCCAAAUGCUAAUCAUAGAAAUUUUGGGGCACGAGAAAUUGCGAAGUACGUGCGGAGGGAAGUGAUGGAGCAGCGUGACAUACACGUUAAUACCCUUAUUGCUGGCAUUUGGGAUGAACAUAGAGUGAGACCUCCAUAUAAAAGAAUGUGGUAUGCAAAGGAGAAGGCAAUUGCUUCUGUUUACGGGGACUGGCAUGAAUCCUUCGGAUGUAUCAAUGACUUAAUGCAUAAUAUGGUUCACGUAAAUCCGGGUUCAUUCUGGCAUGCGGAAGGCGAUGAGGUUUACAUUAACGGGAUGCUUCAGCCGAAUAUUAGAACGUUCGUUAGAAUGUUUUGGACUUUUUUUCCGAUGGUUGCUGGAUUUCGAUUCUGCAAACCUAUUCUGUUUGUCGAUGGGACCCAUUUGUAUGGGAGAUACAAGAUGACGAUGUUGAUAGCGUCAGCGAUAGAUGGAAACAGCCAUAUAAUGCCAGUAGCGUUUGCAAUUGUGGAAUCAGAAAGUACUGAAAGUUACGAAUAUUUUCUCGGGCAUUUACGGGAACAGGUCAUUCUUGGACGGAAGGUUUCCAUUAUUUCUGAUCGCCAUGCUGGCAUUUUAGCAGUUCUGAGGCGUCCUGAAUGGGCUGAUGUUCCGCACAAAUUCUGCAUAAGCCACCUUCCGCAGUCACAGGAGGCACCCACUACUCCACCGGCUGUAGAUGAUCAGGAGCUAUCCCUAGACGAUGAUCUCGAGAGCGAGGGCGCGCCAGGUGACAGACCGGGUGAUAGACAGUAUCGCGAUCUUACUGAGAGCAGUCUGCGCCGCAGACAAGAUAUGGGGACGCCAUCGCUGAGAGACUUACUGCUGCGACACAAUCUCCGACCGGAGAGGGUAACUCCUCCAGUCCAACGGCAAUGGACGAGACCAUGUGUUUCUAGACAUCAAGGGCAUCAACAAGAAGAAACACGUGUACGGCUUGGGUUCCGCGAGCAUCAGGUACACGGGGACGAGCAGCAGGGUGCAGCGAGGCAACUCCUCUAG